GUUAUUAAAGUUGUUUAUGUUUUUUUUAAAGAGCUAAAUAUACUUAGGCUGUCAAAAACUAAUGAUUACUUGUCUUGUAUUUCUUUAUUAUUCUGUAAUUGCGUUUUGUUUUGCUGUCUCGACUCUAAUCUUUAUAUAUUGCGUUUGAGACUUAGCUGCACUCACAGAACAAGGCUGUACUGGUUUUGAAAGUUCAGCAUGAAGACGAGCAGAAAGUAGGUUAUUUGUCAGUACACACUUCCAGGUUCGGUAUUCAUGUGGUGAAGUGAGAGUUGUGUACUGGUUUGUAGGUUUACGAUCGCGUCGUGGAAGUUAUUUUCACAAUGAAUUCCUAUAGGCUCAACAAUAAAUUGAAGGCGUCCUCGGUCAAGGUCACCAUCACGCCGUGCCAGCCCAAGACGCUCACCCACCUGCCCAAGAGAGUGCCCGUCGACAUCGGCUUCAGCGACCUCACCUACACCGUCAAGGAGGGUCGCAAGAAGAAGGAGAAGAUUAUCCUCAAGUCUGUGAGCGGCAGGCUGCGCUCUGGAGAGCUGACCGCCAUCAUGGGGCCCUCAGGGGCCGGCAAGAGCACGCUCCUCAACAUCCUCACAGGCUACAGGACAUCAGGCAUGGAGGGCUCCAUCACAAUCAACGGGCAGGAGCGCAACCUGAGCCAGUUUCGCAAGCUGUCGUGCUACAUCAUGCAGGACAACCAGCUUCACGCCAACCUGACUGUGGAGGAGGCGAUGCGCGUGGCCGCCAGCCUCAAGCUGGGCAAGGAGGUGCCCGCGUCUGAGAAGCAGGAGGUGAUCACGGAGAUCCUGGAGACGCUGGGGCUGCAGGAGCAUCGCAAGACCAUGACCAGUUGCUUGUCGGGAGGACAGAAGAAGAGGCUGUCCAUAGCGCUGGAGCUGGUUAACAACCCUCCCAUCAUGUUCUUCGACGAGCCUACCAGUGGCCUGGACAGCUCGUCCUGCUUCCAGUGCAUCUCGCUGCUGAAGUCGCUUGCCCGAGGUGGACGCACCAUCAUCUGCACCAUCCACCAGCCCAGCGCACGGCUGUUCGAGAUGUUCGACCACCUGUACACGCUGGCGGAGGGCCAGUGUGUGUACCAGGGCUCCACUCAGCAGCUGGUGCCGUUCCUGGCACGGCUAGGGCUCGUCUGCCCCAGCUACCACAACCCUGCCUCCUUCGUGAUCGAGGUGUCGUGUGGGGAGUACGGAGACAACAUAUCCAAGCUGGUGGAGGCCAUUCAGAACGGCAAGUACGACAUCCGCCUGGGGAAGCCGUUCCCAGAGCUUCCCGAGGCGGUGGUGCUCAACAACGCCACCAAGGACGUCAACGGCUCAUUGACGAGCAUCAACAGCCGGCCUGCCAAGAACAUCAACCUGGCAGAGUCCAACAUCAAGGAGAAGUUCUCGGACAGUGCAGCCAACCUGGGCAACAUGAGCCUCGUCAACGCUUACACCGCGGCCAACGACGUGGUGAAGGAGGGAAAGAACGGCGUGCCUCUGGCACAAGUGAUGAUCCCCGUGGACCUGACGAGCGAUAAGCCAGCGGACGCUAGUGCGUCUCUGCUGGAUCCGGUCGUGGAGACGAGCCAGCGACGCUAUGCCACUUCUGAGCUCAUGCAGUUCUGGAUCGUGCUCAAGAGGACAUUGCUGUUCAGCAUGCGCGACUGGACGCUGAUGCACCUGCGACUGUUUGCACACAUCCUGGUGGGCUGCCUGAUUGGCGCGCUGUACUACGACAUCGGCAACGACGGAGCCAAGGUCCUCAGCAACCUGGGCUUCCUAUUCUUCAACAUGCUGUUCCUCAUGUACACCUCAAUGACCAUCACCAUCCUCUCAUUUCCUCUGGAAAUGCCUGUGCUACUGAAAGAGAACUUCAACCGGUGGUACUCGUUACGAGCCUAUUACCUCGCCAUGACUUUGUCUGAUCUACCAUUCCAGACUGUGUUCUGCAUCAUCUACGUGACGAUAGUGUACCUGCUGACGGGACAGCCGCCGGAGAUGUACCGUUUCUCCAUGUUCCUGGGAGCUUGUCUGCUGAUAGCAUUCGUGGCCCAGAGUGUGGGGCUCGUCGUGGGUGCAGCCAUGAACGUCCAGAAUGGUGUGUUCCUGGCGCCCGUGAUGUCCGUCCCGUUCCUGCUGUUCUCCGGGUUCUUCGUCAGCUUUGACGCCAUUCCCAUCUACCUGCGUUGGAUCACAUACCUCAGCUACAUCCGCUACGGCUUCGAGGGCACUGCCCUGGCUACGUACUCCUUUGACCGUCCUCGUCUCAAGUGCACACAGACGUACUGCCACUUCAAGAAGCCCAACACGACGCUGGAAGAGCUGGACAUGAAGGACUCAAGCUUUGUGGUGGACAUUGCAGCUCUAGUGGUGAUAUUCUUGGUGCUGCGUGUCGCCGCCUACAUGUUCCUGCGCUGGAAGCUGCUCUCCGCGAGAUGAGUCCGCACCCUUUGAAAUCUCCUUUCUUGCUCUCUCAUCAGCAUUGCGGUGCUGCAGUAUCGUGUUGUCUUUCAUCCUAACUGUACUAGCGGCUUAGCAUGUCUUAAGAUUUAGGUGUCUUAGGGAAGCUAUGUACUGAGAUAUAUUAAGAUUAUAUUAGGUGUGGAGCAGUGAGAAAAUAUUUUUGUACUUUGUUUAGUUGAGAAGUGUGAAUGUUGUGAUGCUCACUGGCUGGUUGCCAUGGUAUAUAUACUCACCUGGUCACUGUGCCUUUGUAGAUCAAACCAGGAAGUAGUUAUUGUAAGCACUGCAAAUAAAGUCCAUUACACUGCUGAGGCUCAGAGAAGGAUACACUGGUAGCAGUCUGCAGCCUCGCCCCAGGUAUCAAGGUACAUGGGGUGAACGACAGCAGACAAGCCCACACCUUUAUUUUUAAGCUAUAAUCAAAAUUUGCAAACCACAUUUGCAAAUGUGAAAGGUACUUUUGUUUAUAGCACAACCUCAAGUCAUCUAUGCAUUUGCUGCCCGGAUAAAGGGAUCCAUAGGUUCAGAUCAUUGAUGUAUAUAUAAUUUGUCAAUGUUCUUGUUAUAGUAAAAUCUGUUUGGCAUAAAAUAAUUUAAAAAUAAAUAUAGUUUGAAUUUGCGGGGGGUUCCCUUACCUACCAGCUGGGACCUGAGACAAUGUGCACACUCUUUGGGCAACUUGGCAACUGUGAUCUGCAUUCCGUUCCCCUUUCCCCCUCCGCCACAGGCAUACAACUAUUUAAAAAUGAAAACUUUGUCAUUUCAUUAAUUUUAAUUUAUUUUAAAUUACUUACAUUCUGUGUGUAUUCAGAACUUAUUCAUAACUAAUGCAACAUGCUUAAUGUUUAUUACGGCUGUCACAAAGUUGUAUGCUGAUUGAAUUAUAUAUUACCAACUAGGAGUUUUUUUUGUUGGUUUUUUCCCUUCUUCUUUAUAUUUUCAUAGCUUAUAUUCAUGGCUUAAAGAACUGUUUGUACCAACAGAUCAUGUAUGCAUUCAAAUUUAAUGUGCAAUUUUGCAUAUGAAUUUUUUUUCUGAAGUAGUGAUUUCUGUGUAUUAUUGGAUAAUAUUUUAAUUUUGCAUGUAUGUACAUAUUUUUAAUUGUUGUGACACAAAUUUGAAUAUAUAUGGGUGAUGAUAUUGAUGCCUCUAAAAUAUAUAAUCACAUGUAAUGUAUGUAUUUGAUAAUAUUUCAUAAUAUUUCUACCACUUGGUGUUGGAUUUCAUGGUGAUGUUAACUGGUCCUUGCUCAAUGCAGUGUGUAAAUUAAUUACAGCAUUUCCAUCUUGCCAAUUAGAAGUUUCUGUUGUCAGCUGGUUUGUGCUAUUUUAAUCAAAUAUAUUUUAUAUACAUUAAUGAACUUUUGUAAUUUUUAUCACAUAUGUAUUUUGAUAUGAAGAUUAAAUAUAUGAAUAUUUGCACACAGAG